AUGGGUAUAAAACACUGGCAAGAACGUGUCAAAGUUCACUUUGACCAAGCUGGUAAAAAAGCUUCAAGAAGACAAGCUAGAGCUUCAAAAGCUGCUCAAAUUGCUCCAAGACCAUUAGAUGCCUUAAGACCAGUUGUUAGAGCCCCAACUGUCAAAUACAACAGAAAAGUUAGAGCCGGUAGAGGUUUUACUUUACGUGAAAUUAAAGCUUCAGGUUUAACUCCAGCUUAUGCUAGAACUAUUGGUAUUGCUGUUGAUCAUCGUCGUCAAAACAGAUCAACUGAAAUCUUUGAAGCUAACGUUUUAAGAUUAAAAGAAUACCAAUCUAAAUUAAUUGUUUUCCCAAGAAACGGUAAAGCUCCAGAAGCUGAACAAAUUUCAACUGCUCAAGCUUUCCCAAUUGUUCAACCAACUCCAGAAUCAGAACCAAGAGCUGUUGAACAACAAGAACAAACUGCAUACAGAACCUUAAGAUUAGCUAGAUCUGAAAAGAAAUACAGAGGUAUCAGAGAAAAAAGAGCUAGAGAAUUAGCUGAAGCUGAAGCUGAAAAGAAAAAAUAA